AAAAAUUUUUUUCAACGAUAUCAACGAUAUGACGAUAAUUGCGCAAUUAUUUGAAAUUGUUUAUCGGCCUGUAUUUACGUCGAAUAAUAAUACAACUUUUUAAAGGGGGCGAAAAAAGUUAAUCGGUUUUCGUUUCACAUGAAAUUUUUACGUCAAAAAUUUACUUGGAUCCUUUUAAAUUCGAGAAUAUCUUUUCUAAUUUCAAACGAUACCGUGUUAAUCGUAUCGUCCAAUCAGAUUCUGAUUAUAACAGGUAGUAUUUCAUGAAAAUAAAGCAAAAGGAAUAGAUCCAUUUAAAAACCAUUUUGAAAGUGCUUCGACUAAAAUGAAAUUACGUAUUUAUUUGAAUCUUGUUUAAAUAAAGACUAUUAAGAUUACCUAGGAUACACGUAUGCACAACACACGUAUUUGUAAUUUAAUAAAUAAACAAACACACGCUGAAAGCAAUAGUAUGUGUGCGUUGUAUUCUAUAAGUUGAACACCGAUGAGAAUAUAUAAACAAUUUCUUUCUGUUAUAUGUUUAUUGAUUAGUUAUAUUAGAAUAUAAAAUUAUACAGCUUAAGAAGAUGAAGUUUAGAUGCAGAAUGAUAGACCUUACAGCUAUGCGAGAAUUUACUAAUAUUGUCACUAUCAUUUCAAGGAUAUCAAAACAGUGUAUUUUACGAUUAACUACGGACGAAAUUUCUUUCAAUAUAGGUUAUGAUAGUGUACCUGUUCUAUGGGCGGAAUUAUCUCAAAGUCAUUUCUUUACCGAAUAUAUCAUGAGUGGCGUUUCCGAAGAGCAGAAUGAAAUUUAUUUAGAAUUUGAAUCGGCGAUGCUUGCUAGGAGUCUAGGUUCUCUUCGUUUACAUUCAAAAAGUGUAAAAAUGAAAUUAACGAACAAACUUCAACCUUGUCUCACGUUUGAAAUUGAAUUAUCAUCUUCUACCGUGGAGUCAAGACAAUGUGUUCAUGAUGUGCCAGUAAGAGUUGUGCCACGAAAGGAAUGGACUGUUUACAAAGUUCCUGACAUACCAGAAUUUGAUAUAUCCAUAGAUAUGCCACAACUUAAGUAUUUACGUAAUAUUGUAGAAAGAAUGAGAAACAUGAGUUCACAAUUAACAUUAACAGCCGACAAAACUGGUAUGUUCGUUUUAAGGGUAGAAACCGAUAGCGCGAAUGUAUCCACGCAUUUUCAAGAAUUAAAAGUUUGGUCUUGUAGCCAAGUUGAAGACAAUUUCACAAUAUCUGCUACGAUAGAUGUUAAAAAGUUUUUAACGUUUUUAUCUUGGGACAUAGUUCAUCCGAAUUCCGUAAGAUGUAAUAUAUUGGAAAAUAAAAUAGUGAAUUUACUUUUAGAUUUAUCAGGAUAUUUAAAAGUUCGCUAUUUUCUUCCUGCGAUUGCGACAUAAGAAUUGAUUAAUUAAAUUAUAAGAAAUGAAUCAUAGACAUGUAAAAAAAAAAAAAACAUUUAGUAUAAUUAAUUAUAAGCUAAAUUAAAACUUCGUUCGUUUUCUUGUCUAAAGUUUUGAUGCAUUUGAUCGAUCUGUUGUAUUUUCUGAGUUAGAAGAGCUGUUCUUU